UCCGCUUUCUGGCUCGGCGGAGCUGAGGCUUGGGUUAUGGGGUCCGCGAGCCUGGCGCGCCUCCACGGGCUUUUCGCGGUAUACAAGCCCCCGGGACUAAAAUGGCUGCACCUGAGGGAUACUGUAGAAAUGCAGCUUCUGAAGGGUCUCAAUGCUGGGAAACCUCCUGCUCCUGAACAGCGUGUUCGCUUUUUGCUGAGCCCUGUGGAAGACGGUGAAGAGAAACAGCUGACUCUCAAAGCCACCAGCGUGCCCACCCUCACCAACCAUAGGCUGGUAUGUGGACCAGAAUUCCUCAGACUGAAGAUUGGCGUGGGACACCGGCUAGAUACCCGGUCUUCUGGAGUGCUUGUGCUCGGCGUGGGACAUGGACGCAGACUUCUCAUGGACAUGUAUGAUGCUCACCUCACCAAGGAUUACACAGUUCGAGGGCUUCUGGGCAAGGCCACAGAUGAUUUCUGCGAGGAUGGGCGUCUGGUGGAGAAGACAACAUAUGACCAUGUGACUAGAGAGAAGCUGGACCGGAUCCUGGCUGUGAUCCAAGGCUCCCAUCAGAAGGCCCUGGUGAUGUACUCCAAUUUAGACCUGCAGUCUCAGGAAGCCUAUGAGAUGGCUGUGAGAGGCAUGAUUCGGCCCAUGAGCAAGUCUCCGAUGCUCAUUACUGGCAUCCGGUGCCUGAACUUUUCACCUCCAGAGUUCCUCUUAGAGGUGCAGUGUAUGCAUGAGACACAGCAGCAGCUGCGAAAGCUAGUGCACGAAAUUGGCCUUGAGCUGAAGACCACGGCUGUGUGCAUGCAAGUGCGGCGCACGCGGGAUGGCUUCUUCACCCUGGACGAUGCUCUCCUGAGGACCCAGUGGAACUUAGAGAGCAUCCAAGAUGCCAUCAGAGCUGCAGCUCCUCGGGUGGCAGAACAGCUAGAGAAGAACUUAAGGCCAAGGUUUGAUACCCAGCAACUCUCCAGUUCUGACCAUCCUGGGGAUGACUCUAAGAGCUCAGGCUCCACCUUGAGACUAGAGAGCUAUUCAGGCCACUGAAAGCCAGGCAUGUGGCUCAAGUAGUAUAGCGCCAACUGUGAGAAAAUGAGAAGAAAGAAUAAAUGAGUGAAAAGCCAAGCAGCUGGUACAGCAGUGGGCAUAUGAAGGGAAAGGCUCAGUGCUUGUAAGCCACAACUGAUGACUGUAUACAAAGUGACAGUAAGAGAAGCUAUUCUGUGUAAGGCACAAAACUGUGAGGCUGAGCCAGGCAUGGUUGUACAUGCCUGUAAUCCAGCUUCUCGGGAUGCUGAGAUUUAGAGGAUUGUGGUUCAAAGCCAGUCUGGGCAG